CUGGCAUCGGGAAGUGAACUGCAGUCGCUGCAGUGAUUCUUUGUUGCGCUGCAAACCAGGUUCCUUGCAAGACCCCAGGACCUCGGCUGCUGCCGCUGGGGACCCCAGAGCCCUGGCUGCAGGCGGGGGAGGUUUCCUAUCGAGGGAGGAAUAUUCCCGCUGCUCCUCGAGAGACUCCCAGAGCAGAGACCUUGGCCUGUCCCCGCCCCCCACCCCCUUACUGGGACCCAGAGUCCUGCUCCCAGGCAGUGCCCCACGUGGAGAGAAGAUGCUGGUGACUUUUGAGGAGGUGGCUGUGUAUUUCACCAAAGGGCAGGGGGCUCUGUUGGACCCCAGUCAGAGAGCCCUCUACAGGGAUGUCAUGCAGGAGAAUUAUGAGACUGUGACCUCACUGGGAUUUCCCAGUCCCAAACCUGACCUGAUCGCCCGGCUGGAAGCAGGGGAAGAGCCGUGGGUCCUGGAUUUCCAGGCCUCGGAGGAAAGGAAGCUCCCAAGAGGUACCCACACAGCAGGUGACGAGACAAAGAGAGAGAACGAGGAGGGGAAUCCACAGCAGAAAUGUCCUGAGCAAGUGGAACUGCAGGGGACAUUUUUGAGAAGAGCUGAAGAGAACUUUUCCCAGUGCUUGGAACAGAGAAGAGCCUGCAGUAAUUGGCGCAGGUCAGAGAGGAAGCUGGGAAACUGCCAAAGGAAGAAAGUGGAUGAAUCAAUUGAAUGUGGGGGUGCAGGCAAGGAUCCCAAGGAAAUCACAGCCCAGCAGACAAAUCACAAGGAAAAGAAACCCUAUAAAUGCUUGGAAUGUGGGAAAAGUUUCAGUCGGCGCUCUGGCCUUAUUAACCAUGGGAGAAUCCACACGGGAGAGAGACCAUAUAAAUGCUUGGACUGUGGGAAAAGCUUCAGUCAGCGCUCAGGCCUUAUUAACCACAGGAGAAUCCACACAGGAGAGAGACCCUAUAAAUGCUUGGACUGUGGGAAAAGCUUUAGUCAGCACUCAGGCCUUAUUAACCAUAGUAAAAUCCACACUGGAGAGAGACCCUAUAAAUGCUUGGACUGUGGGAAAAGCUUUGAUCGGAGCUCAAAUCUUACUACCCAUCGGAGAGUGCACACAGGAGAGAGACCGUAUAAAUGCCUUGAGUGUGGGAAAAGUUUCAGUCAGCUCUCAGGCCUUAUUAGCCAUGGAAGAAACCACACGGGGGAGAGACCAUAUAAAUGCCUUGAGUGUGGGAAAAGUUUUGGUGUACCAUCUUCCCUUAUUAUACAUCAGAGGACCCACACGGGAGAGAAACCCUAUAAAUGCUUGGACUGUGGGAAAAGCUUCAGUCAGCGCUCACGCCUUAUUAGCCAUGAGAUAAUCCACACGGGAGAGGGACCAUAUAAAUGCCUUGAGUGUGGAAAAAGUUUCAGUGCACCAUCAGUCCUUAUUAUACAUCAGAGGACCCACACGGGAGAGAAACCCUAUAAAUGCUUGGACUGUGGGAAAAGCUUCAGUCAGCGCUCAGUCCUUAUUACUCAUAGGAGAAUCCAUACGGGAGAGGGACCAUAUAAAUGUCUUGAGUGUGGGAAAAGUUUCAGUGUACCCUCAGCCCUUCUCAUACAUCAGAGAACCCACACGGGAGAGAAACCCUAUAAAUGCUUGGUCUGUGGGAAAAGCUUCAGUCGGCGCUCACAUCUCAUUAGCCAUGGGAGAAUGCACACAGGAGAGGGACCAUAUAAAUGCUUGGACUGUGGGAAAAGCUUCAGUCAGCGCUCAGUCCUUAUUAACCAUGGGAGAAUCCACACAAGAGACGGACCAUAUAAAUGUCUCGAGUGUGGGAAAAGUUUCAGUGUACCCUCAGCCCUUCUUAUACACCAGAGAACCCACACGGGAGAGAAACCCUAUAAAUGCCUUGAGUGUGGGAAGAGCUUCAGUCAGCACUCAGGCCUUAUUAGCCAUGGAAGAAUCCACACAGAGGAGAGACCCUAUAAAUGCUUGGACUGUGGAAAAAGCUUCAAACGGAGCUCAAAUCUUAUUACUCAUCGGAGACUGCACACAGGAGAGAGACCCUAUAAAUGCUUAGACUGUGGAAAAAGCUUCAGUCAACGCUCAGGCCUUAUUAGCCAUGGGAGAAUCCAUACAGGAGAGAGACCCUAUAAAUGCUUGGACUGUGGGAAAAGCUUCAGUCAGCGCUCAGUCCUUAUUAACCAUUUGAGAACUCACACAGGAGAGAGACCCUAUAAAUGCUUGGACUGUGGGAAAAGCUUCAAUCGGCGCUCAAAUCUUAUUACCCAUCGGAGACUGCACACAGGAGAGAGACUGUAAAAAUACCUUGAGUGUGGGAAAAGCUUCAGUGAGAGCUCAAAACAUCAGGAGAGAAAUCAUAUAAGUCCCUCCACUGUGGGGUAAGUGUCAUUCAAAGAUCAAACCUUGCUUCAUAUCAGAUAAUACACACAAGAGAGAAACCCCGUAAGUGCUUGGAUGAUGGGAAAAGCUUCACUAACUGCAGGAAAAAAUUCAGUCUGAGCUCACACACUAUUCCACAUUCAGUAAUUCACAUAAGAAAGACCUUGAAUGUGAUGGAAGCUUCAUUUGGUGCUCACAUCAGAGACUUCUCCACAUAGGAGAGAAAUUCUCUCACUGCCCUGACUAGGGCUGGCCUUAGUAAAAACUCCAUUUCCCAAUUCCCACACACCUCAGUGGCAUUUGAUUCCCAGGUAUCCAGCUGCACAUCUCUGGGGGCAGGUUCCAGCAGCAGCUGACCCUGAGCUGAUCAGGGACGCUCUGGCUUUGCCUUGUCUAAGCAAACCCCAGGCAGAGGAGAAGUCCCAAUCAGCCCCUGCUCCCUGCUGCAACCCUGGCUACUGAACUGAUGGGCCUUCAUGCCUCCUGGUAACCUGCUGGGGGAAGGGAGAGAGAAACUCCUCCAGAAGAUCCCUCUGCCUGGAUGAAGUUCCCCCAUGUCUCUUCACUUCCCAGAUGUGAUGCUCCUUCCAUGGAGAUGAGAGGAGGGGUAUUUGGGCCAGGCCCCACAUUCUCUCUGGACACCUGUCCCCACUCCCCAUUUUCCAGCAGUCCCUGGGCUGGAUUUCCCCACUUAUCUGGAGCUGGUCCCUGCAGGGUGAGUGUCCCUGGGGGUUGGCAACUCUUCCCCUCCCUAAAUCCCCUAAGGUGCUGGGAUCUGGGGAAUCAAAUGUGAAGGUACCAGGAGGGAUGGAUUUUGGGGAGGAAACUGGGGGAUUGUGUGGUUGGGUCUGGUGGAUGUGGGAUGCAGAGGAUGCCGGGGAAAUCAAAUGUUAGGGAUCAUGGGAUAAGAGAGGAGAGUAAAGGGAAGAGAGGUGCUGCCUCUUAUCACUCAUCCCUCUGUCCCUUUUCCCUGCCCUCUCUGCAUUCAGAAAGCACCACUGAGAGGACUGAUUUCCACAGGGUCCUUUGUGGGAUGCCUAAAGGCCUAGGGAUCCUGUUACCCCAAAAUUUGGACCCAAGGCGCCCUAAUAAUGGCCUCCCUAUAACUGCAAAUCAGUUGUGAAUUUGGCCCGUCUCAAUGGGUGGCCUGCCCUAGAGGAAUUGCCUGCGUUUUAUCAGGGAGUGAACCUCUAACCCUCAGCCAACUCCUCAGAACAAAUUAGUUCUGUUAACUCAUGGGAGGAUAUGUAUACAGCCCUCCACACAAAGGAUUGACACUCAAGCAGUAAUUGAAUAAAAUUAAACACUGAACAUCCCCCACACUCUCUCCCAAACUCCAUUUACAAACCUCCACUCAAACGCCAAUGUUUUCAGCUCUGUUGGCUGACACCUGUGCUGUUGCUCACACUACAGUUCUGCAGAGGAGGCUGCCCAGAGUACUGUGGUAGGGAAGCAUUGUCCAGUGCAACAUUUCCGAGCUGUUGUUGAAUUCUCUGUGUAAUGUUACAAGCUGAGGCCUGACUGAAUUUGCUGCUUGGCUGUUACUGAGGAGGUUCUGGUGAAUUGAGGAUGCUGAGUAACAUCAGCUUAAGUUAAUGGAGUUCAUGGAGUUAAAAGGGUGCAGAGGGGGGCAAAUCAGGGGUGGGAUGGUCAGAGUCUCUGCAGGGUGAAACUGCACAGGAGGGACAAACAGCUGGAGGCAGAGGGAAGAGAGGGGCCGAGAGGCAAAAUCAGGGAUGGGGUAGCAACCAGAUUAGCAAUGGGAUACAGGUGCUGUCAGACAUGGGCAGAGAUGAAAAACCCUGGAGUAGGGAGGGGCAGAGGAGAUAAAAGUUACCCCAGAUGGGCUGAGCUAUUACAAAAAUAGACUGUUAGAAGCAGAGGGGCUCCCCCCCGCAACCUUUCAGGGCCAUGCUGCUCAGCACCCACUUCCCAGGGCUGUUUUCCUAAUGGCUCAGUGUAUCCCAGUGCCUAGACAUGGCAGCUCUUCCCUGUCUGAUAUGAUGUAUUGAACUGCUAAAGGAGACUUGAUUCCAUGAAAUAGUCUACACCCCCUCUCCAAAAAAUAUAAUCAUCAGACUUGUUUUUAGUGUUUAAAUGAAUCCCAUAUUAGUUUAUAUGCGAGCAUAAAGCCUCAUAGCAGUUCACAAAUUCAUCUUAGCUGCUGUUCUGAUUGUCAUCUAUAAAUGUAGUUUUUUGCCUUUCAAUUAUCUACUUUUUUAAAUGUUAUUUUUAUUACUCAUAGCUUUUCAUCAUUUACCUUUGGUAACAUUGUGAGAUGGUUGUCAUUGGGCAUGUUUGUAAUAGCAAAUAUAGUAGAGAGAGCUUGUGGCACUGGGCCUGGUGCAAGAUCUGAGGCCUGAACCAGAGGCAGUGAACCAAAGUAGGCCAUGUAUCAAAGCAGAUGCUCACAAGUUCGCUGCCCAGUACAUUAACUUGACAAAGUUGUGGCUAGUGUACUAGGCACUAGAGAUUUACGUAAAUAUAUCCCAGCUAGUACAGAUGGGUUAGUUUGACAAACAAUGGAUAGGGAUGUUUUGUUCAAGAUAUAAGGAAAAAGGUGAGGUAAACAUCUCAUGAACCACAUAAGGUGGUACAUAAAUUGUUUAUCCCAGAUUAUGUGUCUUAGUCUAUAAAUGUUGGGGUACCUCACUGUAAGCCUUUGUCCGGCCUAGGGGGCAGCAGAAAGUCCUGCUGCUGACUGGCCUGGUCCAGUGUAUUGGGCAUACAUGUGAUCGUGUACCUGUAGAAUCUGUGGGGCGCUCGUGUGACACUGAGUGAGAAAGGGUUCGUCAGCUAGCAGGCUACAUGACCCAAAUCCAACUUUUAGAGACAUAUUAAAAAGUAUGUAAAUGGUCCUUAGGGCCAUUCCAUGUUAGAUAAACUAGAGUUUUGAAAUUUAGACUUCUAUUGUUAGAGAAUGAGAAGAAGAUAGUGAUUGUAUUUGUCUGUGUUCACCUAUAUCUUGAUAGAGGUUAACAAUGUAACCUAUCUGUCGCUAUGUUCUAUUGAUUCAGAGAUCAAAAGGGAAUUUUAACAUUUUGAUAAAGCUUGGGUGUAACAAUAUCGUUAUCUAUAUUUCUCUUUGAAAUGUGUAGUAAUCUGUCUAUGAACUGCUUAAUGGAUAAUUAAUUACCUUAUGCUGAUGAAUGCAACUAGUUACCUGUGUAUACAUAGAAAAUAGGAGGUUUUACUUCAAAGCCACAAUGCUUCACCCAAGGAAUACCUGCUGUCAGAGAACUGUAAAAGGAACUCUUGGGCCCUGAUCCUGUUAUCUCAGAUCUGCUUAAGCUUUGUCAGGGGAAGUUUGACUCGCAAGCCUGAGGUAUCCAGCUCCAGUCUGGAUCAUCCUGACAUUGGACUAUAACCUAUGGAACUAAUUCUGAAAAUAACUUUUUGCAACUCUAAAGCUUACCAUCUCUACUAUGAAACUGACUUUAGAACUCUAUUCAUAUCUGCAUAUAUAGUGAUCUUUUAACCUAUACACUCUUUUUUUUUUUUUUUUUAA